AUGCCUGCGCUUCUUGUCACAGACGCCGUCGCCUCAGCGCUCCAUGCGCGAAACGACACCGUUGAUGCAUUGCAGGUUAUUUGUGCGUGGCCUGUCUCUGGGCAAUACGGUACAGGUACACGCGUGCUCUACUAUGUUCUUAUCGCGGCCUGUCUUGUUGCGCGGAGAGAAGACUGGCUUGUAAAUCCUUGCUUGGCUGCCGCGUUGGUGCUCCCAGCUGUGGCUGCUAUCCACGGUAUUGUUUUGACGGCAAUGCAUAACCCUGAUGCUGUCGAUAUGGAUAUUUUUGGGGCUUUUCAAUUAUGUGCAAUCGGUAUUUUGGCAGCUCCUGUUACGGUCAUGCUGUCAAAGACAUACUUCAAUGAUCCUGGUAGGAAUACCAUCUUUCUCUGGACAUUCUUGCUCCUAAUAGGUUUACUGAGCAUGACCGUAGAGUUUUACCGGAUCAAAACCCAUCCUUGCACAGUCAACGCUUCAGGGCACCCAGUUUCGUCCAACGCAGCAGACUUCCAGUACAUCGAGGGAAACAACUGCAACCUGAUCUGCUCAGUACAAGAUGGUCCUUCUUCUCCCAUGCGAGGCGGGUCUGCCAAUAACAUCUACGUUAUUCCCGCACCGCACACGCUCACAUUCGGCACGGCUACCCUCCUUGCUGCUGCAUGCUGCAUCCAUGCCGUGCUGUGUCUGGUAUCCAUGUGGGAUAGAGUACUGGAGAUUAACUGGAAGAAACGUUUUGCUCGUAAGGAUGACGAUGUUGCAAGUGAAACAAGUGAGGACGGCGGUGCUAAUACCGGCGUUAUGAAGAAGGUCAAUCAGACGAUUGGUUUUUUUCUGCGUAUUCUCGCCAUUCCUGUAUUUGGAGGUGCCGGGCUGGGGAUUUUGAUUGUUGGGGAGAUUAAUUUCUUCAGUCCUCAAGUCGAUUACCAGACGGAGCCCAUGGCGAAUAUCGGUCAAUGGGCUCCAGUGACGGGUACUGCGAUGGCAAUGAUUGCAUCGCUCUACUUGCUAUUAGCCCGACAUGCAGACGAAGCGGGCAGUCCAUACGCCAUGCAUCAUUGCAAUUGCUCCCAUUGUCACAUCCAAGAUGGCUCACACCUGAGUCAGACUUCCCACGACAGCAAUCUCCCUUCCACGAGCCACCACGACACCACUUCAGCCGUUUCAGAUCCAGAUAUACGCAGGCAGCUAUCCCCUACCACAGGCGCACUUGACCCUCGCUCUUCAAUAUCCUCACGGAUGCGCGAGACAUACAUAGAAACCGCCCACACUCCCACGAGAAACCCCUACAGACAGAAGAUCGAGAACGCCUUCUUCCGCUUCGGCGAAAUGGUUGGCACCCCGGCUCGCGAUUUCAUCACCGAGCCUAAAGACCGCGACCCACAUCAUGUUGACAUCCCUAUGAUACCAGGAGAGGAGUUCCGUACUGAUCGUGUCUCUGCGGUCGAGAGGGAGCGAAGUCAACAUCAAGAGGAAGAGCACUCUCCUGCCAGGUCAAGGCCAGGUAGUUUUAUCGGCAGUGAUGCGUCUGUGCGUACUGUUGGACGCUGCACAUCGAUGCCCAUACCACCGCCACCACGAGCAGUGACGAGACCGAGAUCAAGUACUAGUCCUAGAAUAAGUUCACGUUCUCCAAAUCGUCGAUUGAGUUGA